AUGCACCAUAUCACCAUGGACCAAAUCAUCAUGUACCUCGUAGAUGCCUUGGAUCAGCUCAAGGCCUAUGCCACGACUGCCUCAUCCACGUUGGGUUGGAUCGUGUUCAUCCUGGGCUUCUGGGCGUGGAGCACGAGCCCGCGUCUCUUCUGGAACACGAUGCGAUUCCUGUGCGAUACUCUCACCAUCAUGUUGCGACGCGCCUUCAUCGGCAUACGACGGGCAACACUUCGCUCGACUUCUGUGGUCCUCGACCGCUACUUUUCCUCCGAGUUCAACUACGACAGCAAGGAUCCUGACAUACAUCAAGCCAGCAGUCAAGGCGAGGGAAGAAGGAAUGGUAAACGUGGAGGCGACGAUCGGGGGGCGGUGAUUUGA